GGGGGGGGAUUACUGAAUUUCGAAAAUUUUAGGUGCAGCUUGUGGUUUUUCUUCUUCCUGUCAGUCAGUUAACUCCAGACUGACCCAACGAAAAUUAAAAUUUCGAGGAAUUUUUCGUUCAAGAAGAUCUCGUAACAGAAAUCACAAUUUGAUAGACAGCUUUUUAUAAACUUUCUUCGCGAGGUUGUUUACGUGUAUCAUACGUCUUGUUGUAGAUGUAUAAGGUAAGAAAUUUUAUUUGUUUGCUUGUGUAUUUUUUAAUAUGAAUUUUAAAUACAGAAAUACUAGCUAGUUAUAGCUGCCUAGUUGCCUAGCUAGUCACAUGAUAAGUUCAAAUACCAGCUAGUAAAAUUUUUUAGCAUAAUUUUUAAAACAGUGUUUUUUGUUUAUAUUUGAACUUUCAUCUUUAGUCAAUAAUAUAUAUAGACUUAGUAAUUAUAGUUUAUUUGUUUGUUUUAUUUUUUCAUUUUAUCAUUGUGUUUUUGCAGAAAACUUUCUAGCUAACUAUCGUCUAUAAACAAUAGAAAAAACAUUUUUAUUUGGAUCUACUGGAUACAGCAAUUGUUUAUACAAUUCUGUUUUAAUAUUAGUUGUUGGAAAUGAGAGCCUUUGCUAUCUACUUCGAGCUGUUGUUUCAAUAAAGCUGCGCUUACAUUCAAACUUCUAUGCUUCACAUAAUGUUGACAAAAAAAUUAUGGAGAACUUUCCUCGUAAUGAAAGAGGACUUUUUGCAUCAAUAUUUCCUCAUGAUUUUCCUGAUGAAUUUACAGGAAAUAAAAACUUAGAUAGGAAGUCAUGUGUCGUCAAGGAAGCCAUUAAAAAUCCUAAAAAUACAAGAUUCUCCUUUUUAAUGGAUAUGCUUGCUCUUGCAACAGUUAUUGGGAAAAACCGUAUACCCUCAUGAUAUAGAUGACAUCCAUGGAAGUUUUCAUAAUGGGUUGAUUACCCCAAGAACAAGUACAGAAUAUACGAGCGAAUGUAUAACCAUUAUGUGGUCAAGAAUGGGUGAGUCGAGAAAAAUGCCAUCUGGGUUAUUUGAGCUAAAUCACUUUGUAUAUAUCUCCAACCACCAUAAAAUAAGAUAAAACGUCAGCAACAAUGAAUUUAAAUGGCAAAGGUUUAAGAGUGCCAGUAACGACAUGUUCCUCUGAAAGAUCUAUAUCAACGCUAGAACGAAAGACAUAUUCAAGAAACUCUAUGACCCACGAACGAUUUAAUGGCUUGGUGUUGCUAAAUAUCCAAAACGAGAUGAAAAUAAAUUUAGAUGACGUAAUCGAUAUUCUGGCAGUAAAAUAUCCAAAAAGACUUAAAAUGUUAGAUAUCCUGAACAACGAUAAAAAGUGUAACUGUCUUGAUAAAAAAGGAAUAAAUCUUGUAUAUUAUUAUCUGUUGUUUAAAUGUCCCUGUAUAUAAAUUCCUUAAAAUUAAUAAGGCAUGACACCAAAAUUUAAAAAAAAAUUUAAAUUACUCAAGUUGUACAAAAAACAUUCCAAAAUAUAAUCUUUGUGAGCUAAAAAACUAAAAAAACCACCUUACACCUACUUAGCAAAGAUAAGUCUUAGUGAUGAUUUUAAGCUAUUUUAGCCGUUUAAGGGUGUUGGCUUCCAGAGCGCUUUCGGGUCCCAUUGGGGGGCUCACAACACCCCCCCCCCCAAACCCCCAGUUGUUAAAUUAUUGCCCUGGCGUGCGGUGAAACUUCUUCGAGGCUUUUUUACACCAGUCAAAAAAAAUCCUAGAUCCGUCCCUGAUCAUGGACACCUUAAAGAUGUGUUAAAAGUUGCUAUGAAUUUAAUCUUGUUUCGCGCAAAACAUAAAAUAUAAAGUUCAGGCAAACAAACUUUGUGUAAAAUUAUAAGUUUACUUUUUAAUUGCCUCUAUUGGCUACAAUUUUCUGCUGUGUGUCUAUAGAGCCUUGUAAACACUGGGCCUAAAUCAAAGAAGAUUUAGCCUUUGUAAUUCACGUUGUCAACCAUCAAUUUGCGGACGCGAAUUGUUACAUGUUGACUAAGCAGGUAGUCAAAUAACGUACCAUGUUGGCAAAAAAAAUUGAAUUAGGAAGGCUGAGAUUAAACUUAAAUUUAUAUAACCACUUUGUACUGCUUCAUCCUUUCAUCAGGUUGAUAAGCAAUUAUAAUUUAUGUUUAGUUUUUCAGAGGGCAGGCAGAUCUUGAAUUAGUGUGUUGUUCUGGUUAUGGUAAAAAUGGUGCCCUCACUGUU